AUGAUAAUACCGCGCCAUCUAUACAACACUGCUCCCCCAGACCGCCGGACUCGCCUCGCCAACAACCCGACUCUCCUGUACAGCUGGUGGUGCACUGUAUUCUCCGCUGGCAUUAUAGCUGUCCGCCUGACGGGUCGCUACAUGCGCAAUGAACGCCUCUUCCGUGAAGACAAGAUCAUGGCCCUGAGCAUUAUUCCCCUCUUUGCUCGUAUGGGUUUUGUUCAUGUCGUUCUCAUAUACGGCACAAACAAUGUCGACAUUUCAGAUUUGACUGACCCAAUCGUCAUCGAGCAUCGCGAAAUCGGCUCCCGUAUGGUCCUGGGAGCGAGGAUAUUUUACGCAAUGUUCAUCUGGAUGGCCAAGUUUACCGUUUCCGAAUUCUUGAAGCGCCUGACAGAACGCUUCUGGAAGAAAGGAUACGAAUGGGGACUACGCGGCAUUCGCAUCUUCCUUGCCGUCACCUUCGUCAUGGUGAUUAUUUCGACGUUGGCAGAGUGUCGCCCCAUCUCUCAUUACUGGCAGGUCAAGCCGGAUCCAGGACCGCAAUGCCGACAAGGUUACGCACAACUGCUUACCAUGGGUAUCACCGACAUUGUUACCGACAUUUUCCUCAUCGCUUUUCCGAUCCCCAUCAUCGUGCGUUCGAGCAUGCCUUUAAAGCGGAAGAUCUCACUCACUGCCCUCUUCUCCCUAUCCAUUAUCCUCAUCAUUGUCACAGGAGCUCGCAUGCCUCUGGUCAUUGGACGACAAGGUCUACAACAGUUCCGCACCGUCUUCGCCUCAUCAGAGAUCCUAGCUGCAGCUAUCGUUGCCAACGCCAUCAUACUAGGAUCGUUCCUGCGCGACCGCGGUGUCAAGAAACCAAAGUUCAAGGCACCAUCCACCACAGACAGCAUGGAACGCAGAGGUUCAGCACGCCGGUUUACCGACCAGACUUGCAGCAGCGACGAGGACCUCGCGCGCUCGCUGGGGUAUCGCACCAAGCCGGAACUUGUUGAAACCCCUUCAAGUGUGCCAAGGCCAGCACCCGUUGCAGACCUUGACCUCCUUUCCUCAAGCAGACAACCGAACGCGUUCAUCAACAACAACUGGAACUUUCCUGACGAAGAGUCGAGUACGCUGCAAGAUCAUGAACGCUCCAGCAUAACCGGCGAAGACAUUCGAGAUCCGAUGCCCAGCCCGCGCUGUGGGAGACGUGUAUCGUGGUUCGAUGUCGGGGGUCUGCUAGAGAAUCAGACACUGUCCUCGUCGCCUACAGACUCAGUCAUUGCGCAUGACUUUGCGGCCCGACCGCGGCGAGGCUCCCGGGCCUCUACUACCAUCAUGUCAAAUGGUCGCGCAUUUCUUCCACAGGUACGGCGAAACUCUCGGCUUUCGCAACAGUCAGAAGACUAUGAAAUGUCCGUUCGACCGACCCACCAAUUGCAAGAUUUAGGUGGCCUGCUCUCCGAAGAUCGCGAGCAAGAAGAAGCUCAAUCUAAUCCGUCUCCAUGCUCGGGUUCUUUGGCCGGUCAUUCCUUUCGCCAUGACCGGACAGCGACUAUACAUCGCACCUCGACACGUUCAACACGAGCGAGCUACGAUGUACCAUCUCUGCAAGAUCCUGGGGGCUUGCUAUCCGGCCCCCCACCUACAUCUAUCCGACGCACCACUACACGUCAGAGCCGUGACAUGCCAUCCCUGCAGGAUGCCGGCGGUCUUCUUAGUUGA